UUUAAGUGCAAACGGACAUUUAAACAUAGGUGCUGUGAUCCCAAAAUAUGCCACGUUCUGUCACUUCGAUUCGGAAAACAGAAUUUCCCACGUCCCACGAAGGCAGCAGCUCAUCCGCUAAGCUAGGAGCGUGUUUACUGUUUACAUCCCCGCAAGUGUUCCGAGGUGCUUGCAGACGUUUUGUCGCCUUCGGACCAACAAAAUGUUGAAUUCUCAAAGAUCCGUGACGGAAUUACCGAAAAUGUCGUCCGCCAGUCAAGUGGAAAGAGCAGUGCUGGAGGAUGAGUUCAAGUGGCUUCUAAAGGAAGAAGUUCACGCCGUUCUAAAGCAGCUGCAAGAUGUCCUGAGGGAAGCGUCAAGACGUUUCUCGAUGCUGAUGCCAGGACUGGAGAGUCCACUCAAGCAGGAGAACUUCAUCCUGGGCAGCUCAACUAUGGAUCAGGUGAAAGGAGUAUUGACACUGCAGGGAGAAGUGCUGACUCAGGCGGACAUCAAUCUGAAGGUGACAAAGAGCAGCCAGGUGCUGCACUUCCAGUUCAGGGAUGACAAGCAGUGGAAAUUACAGCAGAUCCAGGACGCUCGCAACCAUGUGACCCAGGCUCUUCAGCUGCUGAGCAGCCAUGACGACAGCUACCACUUCAAGACGGGGGCGGAAGUGAACAAGCUGAUGGACGCUCUGAUGCUGCAGCUGACACGCGCACGAAACCGCCUCACCACCCCGGCAUCCAUGACGCUGCCUGAGCUGGCCACCAGCGGGCUGAUGAAAAUGUUCACUCCUCCGAUGCCCGGUGAUGUGAUGGUGAACUUCUACAUCAACUUGAGUAAACUCUGCCUGACAGUUUACCAACUCCACGUGCUGCCGUCCAGCACCACCAAGUAUUUCAAGCCUUCUGGCAGCUCGGUGCUACACAGUCCUGGAGCCAUGUUUGAGCUCAACAAUAACCGCUUUGAAGUCAGCCAUGUUCACAAGGUGGAGUGUGUUGUUCCUUGGCUCAACGACACCUUGGUCUUCUUCACCAUCUCACUGCAGCUCUGUCAGCAGCUCAAAGACAAGAUAUCCGUCUUCUCCAGUUUCUGGAACUACCGGCCGUUCUAAGUGUGAAGGACACGCCCCUAUUUAUUAUUGUUCCAUGUGUAUCCACGGCCAUUGUUGUGCAAGAGCUGCAUGAUCAUCUUAAAGAGCCAGUAUCAGACAUAUCCAGUAGUUUAUAUGUAUGUGCGUAUGUAUGUGUACAUAUCUACAGUUUGUUGUUUCCCAGCUGACUGACAUUCCUCGCACAUUACUCUCUCUGAACGUGUUUUUUUUAAUGAAGUAUUUCAUGUUGAGAGAGUAUUAAGUAUUCAUGGGGUAGUACUCGUCAAUCCUUCAGCGGUCUGCCCUCAGGCCAAAUGGUGGACUUUGAAAGAUUGACCUUCACUAACUUCUCGUUUUCUAAGUUGGAAACUUUCCUCCGGUGAUUAUUAAAAAGUGAAAUUUCAGUCAAAUGUGUACAAAUUCAGCACGAUGCAUCCCAUAAUAACUCCAUGCUUUUGCACAAAGACCACGCCCACUUCAUGCAAAUUUCUUAUCCUAUUAAUACACUAAAAUUAAAAGCACAGGGGUUAGUGCAUGUGCCUCACUAUACGAAGGUCCUGAGUUCAAUCCCGGGCUCGGGAUCUUUCUGUGUGGAGUUUGCAUGUUCUCCCCGUGACUGUGUGGGUUCCCUCCGGGUACUCCGGCUUCCUCCCACCUCCAAAGACAUGCACCUGGGGAUAGGUUGAUUGGCAACACUAAAUGGUCCCUAGUGUGUGAAUGUGAGUGUGAAUGUUGUCUGUCUAUCUGUGUUGGCCCUACGAUGAGGUGGCGACUUGUCCAGGGUGUACAUCGCCUUCCGCCCAAAUGCAGCUGAGAUAGGCUCCAGCACCCGGGGCGGUAUAGCUCAGUUGGUAGAGUGGCCGUGCCAGCAACUAGAGGGUUCCAAGUUCGAUCCCCGCUUCUGCCAUCCUAGUCACUGCCGUUGUGUUCUUGUGCAAGACACUUUACCCACCUGCUCCCAGUGCCACCCACACUGGUUUAAAUGUUACUUAGAUAUUGGGUUUCACUAUGUAAAAGCGCUUUGAGUCACUACAGAAAAGCGCUAUAUAAAUAUAAUUCAUUUCAAUUCACUUCACCCCCACGAUCCCGAAAGGGAUAAGCGGUAGAAAGUGGAUGGAUGGAGACACUAAAAUAUGUCCUUAGUUUUUGUAGACAUGAGCUAUCCUUUCCGGGAAAUUCACCCGAGAUGUGAAUUUUACAUUUACUCACGAUUUUAUUUGAUUCAGAUUCUUGCAGUGACGAUUCAAUUCAGAGUCAAAUCUCGACGAAACAAGAUCUUUGGUUCUACACGAUUCACAAUUCAAACGAUUUACAAUUCCCACAAAUUCUUGAAUCAACACGAUUUCCAAUUUGAACACAAUUCUCGAUGCAUCACCAUUUUCUAUUCAACGCCAUUCUUGAGUCAACACAAUUCUCUAUUUAAAUGGAUUAAACAUUAUUCAAAAUUGGAACAAAUUUCCGAGUCAACGCGAUUCACAAUUCUCGAUUUAACGCGAUUCUUGAUUUAAUACGAGUCUCCAUUCAACACGAUCCUUGAUGCAACACGAUUCUCUAUUUAACACGAUUCCUGAGUCAACAUAAUUCUCUAUUUAAUUGGAUUAAACAUUAUUCAAAAUUGGAACACAUUUUCGAGUCAACGCGAUUUCGAUUCUCGAUUUAACACAAUUCUUGAUUUAAUACCAGUCUCCAUUCAACACGAUCCUUGAUGCAACACGAUUCUCUAUUUAACACGAUUCCUGAGUCAACAUAAUUCUCUAUUUAAUUGGAUUAAACAUUAUUCAAAAUUGGAACACAUUUUCGAGUCAACGCGAUUCCGAUUCUCGAUUUAACGCGAUUCUUGAUUUAAUACGAGUCUCCAUUCAACACGAUCCUUGAUGCAACACGAUUCUCUAUUUAACACGAUUCCUGAGUCAACAUAAUUCUCUAUUUAAUUGGAUUAAACAUUAUUCAAAAUUGGAACACAUUUUCGAGUCAACGCGAUUCCGAUUCUCGAUUUAACGCGAUUCUUGAUUUAAUACGAGUCUCCAUUCAACACGAUCCUUGAUGCAACACGAUUCUCUAUUUAACACGAUUCCUGAGUCAACAUAAUUCUCUAUUUAAUUGGACUAAACAUUAUUCAAAAUUGGAACACAUUUUCGAGUCAACGCGAUUCCCGAUUCUCGAUUUAACGCGAUUCUUGAUUUAAUACGAGUCUCCAUUCAACACGAUCCUUGAUGCAACACGAUUCUCUAUUUAACACGAUUCCUGAGUCAACACUAUUCAAAGUUGAAACAA